UUUCUACCUGCCACCCCAGGUCCGGGCCACGUUCUGGGCCGGGCGCGCUACGGUGCGCAGCCCCAGGGCCCAGUAUAUGACCCGCCGUUCUGCUGCCGCUCGCUUCCCCCGCCCCAUGUGGCUGCGGGGCCGCGGCGGCGCUGCCCACCAUGGCCCGGAAAGCAGUUAGCAGGAAGCGGAAAGCGCCCGCCUCGCCGGGAGCUGGGAGCGACGCUCAGGGUCAGCAGUUUGGCUGGGAUCACGCAUUUCACAAAAGGAAAAGACUCCCUCCAGUGAAGAGGUCCUUAGUGUAUUACCUGAAGAGCCGGGAAGUCAAGCUACAGAGUGAGACCAGCUACUCUCGAGUGUUGCAUGGUUAUGCAGCACAGCAACUUCCCAGUCUCCUGAAGGAGAGAGAGUUUCACCUUGGGACCCUUAAUAAAGUGUUUGCAUCUCAGUGGCUGAAUCAUAGGCAAGUGGUGUGUGGUACAAAAUGCAACACGCUAUUUGUAGUGGAUGUCCAGACAAGCCAGAUCACCAAGAUUCCCAUUCUGAAAGACCGGGAGCCUGGAGGGGUGACCCAGCAGGGCUGUGGUAUCCAUGCCAUUGAGCUGAAUCCCUCUAGAACACUGUUGGCCACUGGAGGAGACAACCCCAACAGUCUUGCCAUCUACCGACUACCUACACUAGAUCCUGUAUGCGUAGGAGAUGAUGGACACAAGGACUGGAUCUUUUCCAUUGCAUGGAUCAGCGACACUAUGGCAGUGUCUGGCUCACGCGAUGGUUCUAUGGGCCUCUGGGAGGUGACAGAUGAUGUGUUGACCAAAAGUGAUGCAUGCCAUAAUGUGUCACGGGUCCCUGUGUAUGCCCACAUUACUCAUAAGGCCUUAAAGGACAUACCCAAGGAAGACACAAACCCUGAUAACUGCAAGGUCCGGGCUCUAGCCUUCAACAACAAGAACAAGGAAUUGGGAGCAGUCUCUCUGGAUGGCUACUUUCAUCUCUGGAAAGCUGAAAAUACAUUGUCUAAGCUUCUCUCCACCAAACUGCCGUAUUGCCGUGAGAAUGUAUGUCUCGCCUAUGGUAGUGAAUGGUCAGUGUAUGCAGUAGGCUCUCAAGCACAUGUCUCCUUCUUGGAUCCACGGCAGCCAACUUACAACGUCAAGUCUGUCUGUUCCAGGGAGCGAGGCAGUGGGAUCCGGUCCGUAAGCUUCUAUGAGCACAUCAUCACUGUGGGCACAGGGCAGGGCUCUCUGCUAUUCUAUGACAUCCGAGCUCAGAGAUUUCUGGAAGAGAGGCUUUCAGCUUGUUAUGGGUCCAAGCCCAGACUAGCAGGGGAGAAUCUGAAAUUAACCACUGGCAAAGGCUGGCUGAAUCAUGAUGAAACAUGGAGGAAUUACUUUUCGGACAUUGAUUUCUUCCCCAAUGCUGUUUACACCCACUGCUACGACUCGUCCGGAACGAAACUCUUUGUGGCAGGAGGUCCCCUCCCUUCAGGGCUCCAUGGAAACUAUGCUGGGCUCUGGAGUUAAUGACAACUCACUUUCUCCCAAAAUGCAGAGAUUUACACUAACUUCCAUCCUGAGUUUCCUUGUUUCUUUUUUUUUUACCCCCAGUUGGGUGAGGCUCUCAAAUUUUAGUGGGAACACCAGAGUUUACCUGUGGUUUA